ACAGUUAUGAUACGGUCUUUUUCGCGCACGCCCCGGAAGCGGCGUCGCGACGCUCCGCACCUGUGGAGUCUCAGUGGUGCGUCCAAAACCCUGCAGUGUGGACGUGUGCAAGCCAUGGACACGCUCCUCUCCGUCGUCUUCCUCUUCUUCACCGUAUUAGCAAAAACCGGAAGAACAAACGCCGUGCCGCUGAGUGCAUUAAGCCCCGUCGAUGUCGCUUCGAACAGCGUUGGCGACGAUGCAGCUGAAGACGGCGCCAUCCUGGACGACUUCACCACCCAUGGCCUGGAGAGGCUGAGCUCUGCGGCGACUUGUCUGGUGGCGGGAGUGGAGUACACCCACGGCCAGCAGAUUUAUCGGCCCGACCCUUGCGAAUUCUGCCUGUGCUUGGACGGAGAGAUGUUCUGCUGGUGGCAAGACUGUCCCCCCACGAUGGAGGGCCCCUGCCGGGACCGCGGCCCGUUCACCCCCUGCUUAAAUACCCCUUCGGCUUCGACUGCUAAAAGCACGCCUGUUGAGCAUGAACUGACUUCGGAGUCGGAAACUCCCGACAAUUCUACGGACUCGGCCUUCACUUCCGAGAUGAAUUCGACGGAGGAAUCCCCGGCGACGACCCAACAAGCCCGCUUUUGCCUCGUCAUGGGACGGAAAUACGAAGUCGGGGAUAAGCUGCCUCACAACACCGGCAACUGCGUGGAGUGCGUGUGCGGUCCGGGGGCCAAGGUGACGUGUUCGCCCCACCAGUGCGCCCCCGUUGGCGAGGAUAUCAACGACUAUCGCCCCCCGGGCCCGCGCCAGCCCGACGUCUUCUAAUGGCCGCAGAAUGGUUCGCUCUUGUGAUAAUCCUCGAGGGUAGUUGUGUCCGUUUCGUUGCCGUUAAUGCCUUUUCUUCUUCUUCGACGGUCUUCGUCAAUCCUCUACCCAGAUCCCUAGUCAUAUCGGUGAAAUAUAUCAAUUUGUGUCUUAUUUUAUAGUUUGUAGGUGUAUUGUUGAAUUUUAAAGGCAGGAAUGGACGUGUGCUAGUGAUUUUAUAUUAGGAAUUUUUAUAUUAGUCGAAACCACUGGAACCAAUAACUUGAUAGUUGUAGCAAAUAUUUGAUAACGUUAGGUAAGGGCAACUAUCUUUGUAAAAACCUCAUUUGGGUUCUGUUCCUUCGAGUAGCGGCAGCCUAAUAUGAAAAUAUCCAAAUCAAAGCGUUUCAAAUCACUAUUUAUAUUGUAAAGUGUACUUUGUAAUACCUCUAAGUCUAGGCGGAUUUUUAACAACAGUUAUCGACCACAAAGGCAUUGGAUAAUUUCGUGUUAAGCUAGUAAUUAUAACUGUUGUAAAAAAUGUAUCAGUAUUAUUACAAAUAAGAAUUCAUACUUGUUAUUGUUAAGUAUGUAAAAAUAUUAUGUUUCUUUAUUGUAUAGAAAAAUAAAACAUGGGGCAAAUUUGGGAGCAA